UUGAGUUAUGACCCGCACCAGUAUAUAUUUCCAUCCCAAAAUACCAAGUGUGACAAAGUCACAAGGACCGAGAGCGCUUAUCAAUAUUUGAACGCUUCUUCAUUCUUUGUGCUACUUGUGCUGUGAAUUUUCUUAUAAAGAAACUAUUUGUCUUGAUCUGAUGCUGACCAAAUUCUCUCAAAGAAAAUAGGAGCAAAACGUUAACCAGUUAUGGCGAAAGAAGAAGGUGCAGGAGGGGAAAGUCGGUCUCUUCAGUACACACCCACUUGGGCUGUCGCCACAGUUUGCCUUUUUUUUAUAUCUCUUUCCAUUUUUAUCGAAUACUUGAUCCAUAUAAUCUGCAGAUGGCUGAAAAGGAACAGAAAGACUGCCCUGUUUGAGGCUGUGGAGAAGCUCAAAUCAGUGCUCAUACUUUUGGGACUCAUGUCUCUGUUAUUGGCCGUAACUCAAAGACCCAUCUCCAAAAUUUGCAUACCCACCAAGGUAGCAUACACCAUGCUUCCAUGCCGGAAUAGUGUACACACCAAAACGACCAAAUCCCUUGGAGUAUUACAUCCAAACUCCUUCAACAUGAAUACCUUCUUUGAGAUUUUUCAUGAUUUGGAACCAGGAGAGAGAAGAUUGGAAGAAGAUGAAUCCAGUUCUGCUGAUUAUUGUGAAUCACAGGGGAAGACCUCAUUCAUGUCGCAGGAUGGGAUCAACCAACUCAAUUACUUCAUUUUUGUGCUAGCAAUGAUGCAAAUUGUCUAUAGUGUCCUCACGAUGGCUUUAGGAAGGGCCAAGAUGAGUCGCUGGGAGUCUUGGGAAAAAGAAACUCAGACAGUGGAAUAUCAAGUUGCUAACGAUCCAUUUCGAUUUAGGUAUACGAGACAGACAACAUUUGCGCGCAGACACAUGAGUUCUUGUACAGCUACUUCAUCUAUGAUUUUAUGGAUUAUAUGCUUCUUCCGACAAUUCUUCAGUUCAGUAGCAAAAGUUGACUAUCUCACUCUACGCCAUGGUUUCAUUUCGGCUCAUAUGACCAAUACUACGAACAAUUCAUUUAAUUUCCAAAAGUACAUAGAAAGAUCACUUGAGGAUGAUUUCAAAGUUGUAGUUGGCAUCAGCCCUUCCAUGUGGCUUUUAGUCGUUGUCUUCAUGCUUGUGGAUGUACACGGUUGGCAUGUAUAUCUCUGGGUUUCAUUUGUUCCACUAGUUAUUGUGCUUGUUCUUGGUACCAAGCUUGGAGUGAUUGUGGCAAGGAUGGCUCAUACACUUGAUGAAAAGGAUAAUGUUAUCAUGGGAAGUCCUUUGGUACAACCAAAUGAUAGCCUUUUCUGGUUUGGUCACCCCAAAUUCGUCUUGACCCUCUUGCAUUUAACUUUAUUUAUGAACUCUUUCGAGUUAGCUUUCUUUGUUUGGGUCACGUGGCAAUUUGGGAUUUCGUCUUGCUACCAUGAACAUACUUUGAUUAUUAUUACAAGAGUGGUUUUAGCGGUGACAGUUCAAGUAAUGUGUAGUUACAUCACUCUUCCUCUAUAUGCUCUUGUUACACAGAUGGGAUCGAACUUCAAGAAUGCAGCUCUAGAAGAGCACACGGUGAAGGCUAUAAAGCAAUGGCACUCGGAAGUAAAGCAAAAAAGGAAGAGAAAUCAUACUUCACAACAUCAUGAAUAUUCUUCUACCACCACCAUGGACCACAGUAACACAGCCAUUAGUAGCCCUAGUCCUCAACAUUUGUGGUCUCAACAUAAUCGAUCGCCUACUUUCGCCGAUCAGCUUACGCGUUUUCCAGUUGAUACUGAAAUCGUUGAAGAACGUGAUCAAGAACUCGGCAAAAAUCAGCUUCAAGUUCUCUCUUCUGUGGAGCAGGAAGAAAAACCUAUAUUAAGGUAGAACAUUUUUUUUAAGAUAUACUUAAGAAAAUGAGAAAACAAUGUUCAAACAAUACAUAUAUAUAUAUGUAUAUAGAGAGAGACACACACAUACAUACAUAUAGAGCAUGUGGUACAUAUUAGGGUAGGUUCUGUAAUGGGUAGUGCUUCUUGAGUCAUUUCCAUGAUUAUUAAUUCUUAAUUUAAGUAAAUGUGUAACUAAUUAAGCAAUCAUUGUUUUGUUUUUGUUACAUGAGCAACAAAAAUGAUGUAAGGAUAAUGUAUUUUAAUACAUUAACACUACAAUUAAUAGUAAACCCUACGUUCUCAAA